GCGCCGCCGGCUUCUUCCCCCGCCAUCCUCCGCCUCAAUGUCGGCGCGGCCGCGUGUCUCGCACGCCGCCGGCUUACUUGCGACGUUCGCGCCGGCCACUUCCGGGGUCGACGACGCCGCCGCCACCUUGCCCGGCCUCCAUGGCGAUCUGGUAGCCGCGGCCUCCGGCGAGUGGAGGCGCUGUUCCCUUUUCAGCCCUUGGGUUGGUUGGAAGGCGCGUCUCUUCACGGACUCAACGGUGGGUGGUGCGAUCGUGUUGAAGGCUGGCCGCGUCGACCGUGCCUGCAAGUUGUUCGACGGAAUGAGUGGCAGUCAUCCACAGCUGCAAAUUUCAAAUUCCUCCCUCCUAACCUCUCAGCCAUUGGACGACCAUGGCGGCGCCGCGCGAGCCGGAGGUGAUCCGGGACAAGGCGGCGAUGCGCGCGUGGUCGCGCCGCCGCCGCGCAGAGGGCAAGACCGUGGCCGUCGUCCCCACCAUGGGUUACCUCCACCGAGGCCACCUCUCCCUCGUCUCCGCCGCCGCCGCCUCCGCCGAUCCCGUCGCCGUCGUCGUCACCAUCUACGUCAACCCCAGCCAGUUCGCUCCCACCGAGGACCUCGCCACCUACCCGUCCGACUUCGCUGGUGACCUCCGGAAGCUCGCCUCCACCGGUGUCGUGGACGCCGUCUUCAGCCCCGCUGACCUCUACGACCGUGGCACCGGUCGCCGGGCCGCCGCCUCCGGUGGCGCGGUCUCGUGCUUAGAGGAGGAGGCUGGGGAUGGCCACGAGACAUGGGUUCGGGUGGAGCGCCUGGAGAAGGGCCUUUGCGGGGCCAGCCGGCCCGUGUUCUUCCGAGGCGUGGCCACCAUAGUCUCAAAGCUGUUUAAUAUCAUCGAGCCGGACGUUGCUGUGUUCGGGAAGAAGGAUUAUCAGCAGUGGCGCGUCAUCUGCCGGAUGGUUCGUGAUCUUGAUUUUGCCAUAGAGGUAAUCGGAUCAGAAAUAGUGCGAGAAACUGAUGGUCUUGCCAUGAGCUCUCGCAAUGUGCACCUAUCACGUGAGGAAAGGGAAAAGGCAUUAUCUAUCAGUAGAUCACUGGUUGAUGCUAGAACUGCUGCCUUGAAUGGAAACACUGAUUGCGAACAAAUAAAAAAUAAAAUAGUUCAGACCAUGACCGAAAAUGGCGGUCAGGUUGACUAUGUUGAGAUCGUGGAGCAAGAAAGUUUGGUCCCUGUAGAAAAGAUGGACGGCCCUGUGGUCAUUUGCGUUGCCGCGUGGUUUGGAAAGGUUAGGCUGAUCGAUAAUAUCGAAAUCGAUACACGAUCCUGAGAUUUUGGGGACUCGAUGUUUGCUGUCACCUUGGCAUUGCGUUUGAAACAUCUUGUACACUGCAACAAUCACAUUGGAGGAGGUUAUUUAUAAUGCAAACUGGCCUUAAGGUAUGAUCUGGAAUGCAUAGCAAUGCUGUAACAGGGGAAAUCAUGUUUGUUAUCUAUCAGAAGUUCAGAGCAUAUGCCAGUUCGGGCGGAAACUCCUUUAAUUUCAGCAAAAUGAUCCAAACUUCUUUUGAGAAAACAAUUUGGAGACGGCCUCCAGACUUACCCGUGAUUAUCUGCUACUACCUGGCUAAAUAUUGAUGAAUCUUUCUUUGAUCAGGCAGGAGAAUGUGGAUGGGCUACUGGCCAGAUAUAUCUCAUGAUGGCUGCUGGGAAAUUACAAAGCCUUCAAAAUGCUAAUAAAAAUUGGCUGCUGGGAAAUUACGAAGCCUUCAAAAUGCUAAUAAAAUUGAAAUUGGUAGCUUGCACAAGGCCUCAUGAGGUCCAUUGUGAUCCCAGUUUUGUAUCGAUUAGUUUACAGAAAUAGAGGAUUGGUCCGAAACAAAAUUAAAUUCGUAAUAAUACUCAGCCUCAG